AUGACGGUCCUUAGAUCGCGUGAGAUCGCCCCGCCCAAAACGACGUCGCAUCCCCCCAAAACGCGGCCCAAAUCAGACCCACCCACCCCAGCCGUUACUACUCCUACUACUACUACUACUACCACCCCAGCCGUUAAUUCCACAUCCUCCUCCAUAUCCCAAAACCCUAACCCUAAUUCCAAUCCCAAUCCCAAGCCCAGCGAUUCCGGCUCAAUACGGCGGCGGAGUCUCCGUCUCGCUUCGAAAACCCCCGAUUCCGCCGCAGAGAGGAAUACCCAAAUCGGCGAAGUGGUUGUUGAUUUGUUCGGAGAGAGGGUUACGGCUAUGGGAGAUGAGAAAGGGGCUGAGGACUUGAAAUUGGGUUCUGGGUCGGACUCUGUGACCCGAUUGAGUGGGAAAGGUUCGGGCUUUGGGGAUGAGGAGAAGGGUUUGAGUGAAUUAGGGCUUGGUGGUGAUUUGGGGGUUUCUGGGGAUAAUGGUAAGGAGGAAGAGAAGAAGAGGAAGCUGGACAUUGAUAUCAAUUUGCCGGCUGCGGAAUGUGAGGAGGAAGAUGGAGGGAGUAGGAGCUUUUUGAGCUUGCGAUCGGGGAAGAGAGUUGCGAAGAGAGGAGGGGAUGGUGGUGGUGGUGGUGGUGGUAAUGGGGAGUGGGGGAGUGAUUUGAGUGCUGAGAAGAGUGGUGGUGUGAAAGGGAAGGGGAAGUGGGGUGAGAUUAGUGUUAUUGAUGUGGUGGUGUUGGAUUCGGAUGAGGAAGAUGAGAGGGUUAUUGAUGUGGUGGUGUUGGAUUCGGAUUCGAAUGUGUUGCAGAGUGAUGUUCCAAGUGGGGGGAGCUCUGAGGGGAAAGGGAAGAGGAACUUGAGUGAUGUAGUUGAGGAUUCGGAGGAUGGGAUGAGUUCCGGUGAGAAUGGUGGGGGUAGAAGGAAGUUUAGCAGACAAGAAAAAGGGAAGGAGAAGUUGAUUGGAGGAGCUUUGUUACCGAAUGAUUUUGACAAAGUGGAAUUGGAUUUCUUGGGAAUAGGAGCAUUGAGUGAGUUGAGUUCGAUGCCCAAUGUGGUGUUGAGUGAGUUGAGUUUGAUGCCCAAUGUGGUGUUGAGUGAAUUGAGUUUGAUGUCCAAUGUGGUUCCGAGUCCUGCUCAGGUAGGGGAGAAUGUAGCAAUGCAAGAGCAGGUGCAGGCGAGGAACACUAAUGCAAGAGAGGAGGGAAGAGACAGGAAUCAAUACAUGGAACGGUUUCGGGACAUAGCCAGGCAAAAUGCUUCUCGCUUUGCUCGUUUCGAUCCUCGAGAGGAAGAGGAGAAUGAUAUGCCUCCUCAGGUUGAUGUGGAGCUAGAGGAUGAAGAUUGGCCUGGUCCAUUUUCUACUGCGAUGAGGAUUAUGAGAGAUGGAGCAGAAAAGAAUAUGCAAGAGCACAGUGCAUCUAAAGACAAGACCAAACCAGCAUUGGUGAAGUGGGUUCCCAAGCGUCAGGAACAGGAUCUUGCAAUAUCAAAGAAUUUGAUCCCCUCAUUGCAGGAGUUGUGUUUGUCUGUUCUUGCUAAGAAUGCCGAUGAAAUAGUUUCACUUGAGAGUGUUCCAGAUGCUUUGAGGCACCAGCUCAGUCAUCUGCUCUGUGAUUCUAGAAGAAUGAAUACUCAUUUUUUCGAACUUCUUGUUCAAGGAUCGCCAACAGAGGUUCGCUUAAGGGAUUGCUCAUGGUUGACAGAGGAAGAGUUCACAAAAUCUUUUCAGCUCUGCGACAUUACCAACUUAACAGUACUACAACUUGACCAAUGUGGGCGCUGUCUGCCAGAUUAUAUAUUGAAUUCUACCUUAGCUCGGUCAGCCAAUUGCUUGCCCUCUUUAGUUUCUUUAUCCCUCAGUGGUGCAUGUCGUCUUUCAGAUGUUGGGUUAGGUGCACUUGUCUCUUCUGUCCCUGCACUAAGAUCUCUGAAUCUCAGCCAGUGUUCCCUUCUCACUUCCUCAAGUAUCGACACUUUAGCUAACUCAUUGGGAUCAUUGCUGAAGGAACUAUAUUUAAAUGAUUGCCAAAGCAUUGAUGCUAUGCAGAUUCUACCUGCCUUAAAGAAGUUUGAACAUUUGGAGGUAUUGUGGCUGCCCGGCAUUGAAAAUGUUUGUGAUGAUUUUAUUAAGGAGUUUAUUUCUGCUCGUGGCCACAAUUUGAAGGAGCUUAGUUUGACUGAUUGCAUAAAUUUAACAGAUUCAUCUGUGAAAGUCUUAGCUGAAACGUGUUCUGGGUUAUGUGCGCUUGACCUAUUUAACUUGCAUAAGCUGACAGAUUAUUCUUUAGGAUAUCUUGCAAAUGGCUGCCGAGCAAUUCAAACAUUAAAAUUUUGUCGCAAUUCAUUCAGUGAUGAAGCUGUUGCUGCAUUCCUGGAAACUUCUGGAGAGUGUUUGAAAGAACUUUCACUAAAUAAUAUCACGAAGGUUGGUGACAACACAGCCAUAUCACUUGCCAGACAUUCAAGGAACUUACAUUGUCUGGAUCUAUCUUGGUGCCGGAAUUUGACAGAUGAGGCCCUGGGUUUGAUUGUGGACAGCUGCCUAUCUCUGAAGAUGUUAAAACUGUUUGGAUGCACUCAGAUUACAGACUUGUUCCUGUCUGGCCACUCAAAUCCUGACGUAAAAAUCAUUGGCGUGAGAAUGACUCCAAUAUUGAAAGAUGUUAGGGUGCCUGAUCCUGCAGCAGGUCCAUUACAUUAUUCAGCAGUCUUCUAAAUCUAUAGCUUUUGUAAAGUGAACCCAAUGCUUUUCGUGCAUGUAUGAUCCAGAAUAGGUCGAAAGAUCAGGAUUUUGUAAGCAUUUUCAUAUCAACAAAGUGGAAUUACUUCAUUUUG